AUGGAGACUACCGCACGUAGGAAUAGCAGUAGCCAGGGAUGGAUCGUGCAGAAGUUUGGCGGUACCAGCGUGGGCAAGUUUCCAGACAAUAUUGCUGAAGACAUUGUGCGUGCCGGCUUGAACUCGAAUAGGAUCGCCGUCGUUUGCUCUGCGCGGAGCUCUGGCAAGAAAGCCAGCGGCACCACCAGUCGUCUAUUAGAAAUAUACAAGAAGCUACGCGAUAUAUCUGCUGCGACAAGCAACGAAAUCACCCAGAACGAACUCGUCGAGCAAGCCAAGACCACCAUACGCGAAAUAUGCACCGAACACGUCUCCGCCGUGAAAGACUUCGUGAAGAGCCCCAAGUUGCAGAAGGACAUCACACAGGGUAUAGAAGAAGACUGCCAAGAGUUGAUAGACUAUAUCAUCGCGGCCAGGCGGUUUAACUUGGAGGUCAAUGCUAGAUCAAAAGACCGCGUUAUCAGCUUCGGCGAGAAGCUGAGUUGCAGAUUCAUGACGGCGAUGCUGAAAGACAGGAAUGUCGAGGCUGAAUACGUGGAUAUGUCGGACGUCAUGCACUACGAUAGCACCGAUAGGCUGAGUCCAGCCUUCUUUAAAGAUGCCGCGGCCAUCUUCCGGAAGAGAAUACAGGCGUGCAACGACCGAGUGCCGGUGAUCACGGGCUUCUUCGGCAACGUCCCCGGGAGCUUGAUGGACGGGGAGAUUGGACGUGGCUAUACCGACCUGUGCGCCGCGUUGGUGGCAGUGGGACUGAAGGCAGAAGAGCUGCAAGUGUGGAAGGAAGUCGAUGGCAUAUUCACGGCAGAUCCUACCAAGGUCCCGACAGCAAGGUUGCUGGGAUCAAUCACACCCUCUGAAGCGGCCGAGCUGACGUUCUAUGGAUCCGAGGUUAUCCACCAUUUGACCAUGGACCAAGUGAUCAAGGCGCAACCUCCGAUACCGAUUCGUAUCAAGAACGUCAAGAACCCACGCGGGAAUGGCACGAUUGUAGUUCCAGACUUGGUUCAGUCGCCAGCGCAACAGAUCAAGCGGUCCCGGCCGUCAGACGCUUCGUCGCGGAAGACGCCAAAGCGGCCCACCGCCGUUACCAUCAAGGACAACAUCACCGUCAUUAACGUGCACUCCAACAAGCGGUCGAUAUCGCACGGCUUUUUCGCCAAGGUGUUUUCGAUUCUCAACAACCACCGGAUAUCUGUCGAUCUGAUCUCGACCAGUGAGGUACACGUUUCUAUGGCCAUCCACCAGGCCAGCUCGGCCGUUCACCAAUUUGAGAAGGCCAAGGCGGAACUGGAGGAAUGUGGCGACGUCAGCAUACUGCUUGACAUGGCGAUCCUGAGCCUUGUCGGUGCCGAGAUGAAGAACAUGAUCGGCAUUGCGGGCCGUAUGUUCUCGACGUUGGGCGAGCAUAAUGUCAAUAUUGAGAUGAUUUCGCAAGGUGCGAGCGAGAUCAACAUCUCGUGUGUGAUUGAUGCGAGGGAAGCCACGCGGGCCAUGAACAUACUGCAUACGAAUCUGUUUACAUUUCUAGAAUAG